AUGACACGUCCACAAGUAUCAAAUAUGUUUUCGCUUUUGUCUGUCACAAAUACUAAAGAGCUUAGUAUUAUGCCAAUUAUAACAAAUACGGCCAAUAACAUCCUUGAAAAUGUGGUUCUUUUCUUUUUGGCUUUGUUCAUAUCUCUCUGUGGUGGCGGUUCGAGCAGCGAAAGUAUUAUUGCAUCAGACGCCGCUCACUUCAUCUUAGUGCCACAACAACGCAAGUCCCUUUAUUAUAUGCUUAAGAAAAAUUCAGAUCAAGAUCAAUCGCAACCAAACAUAAAAAACUACAAGUCUAAGAAAUCACGAUCUCACUCUACUCAUCAUCGUUCGACAUCUGCUAAUCCUACGACCAGUUACUAA